ACUGCCGAAACACGGCUUGCAAAAGUAAACAAAUAAAAAUUAGUAUCAUUUAAAACCAAAUUAUUCGCUUAAUUGUUAAAAAUAAAGUAUGGGUGUCACUGUAUUGCAACCAUACCCCCUGCCCGAGGGUAAAUCGGGGGCGCACAUUAUCGAUCAGCUGAGCAAACGACUGCUUUCGCUUGGCGCCACACAUGCCGGUCAAUUUCUGGUGGACUGCGAAACGUACAUUUCGACGCCCCAGCCGCACAAUGGUUCUCCAGGACGUGCCGUCCAUGUCCUGCACGACUCGGAACAUCCCGCCUCCACGUUCUCCAUCAUCGACAACGGGACCGGCAAACAGGUGGCCCUCGUCGCCGACAACAGCUUCGAUCUGCUCAUGGGCAAGGUGACCAACACCUUCACGUCCAAGAAGCAAACCAAAAUCGAGUCCCGAGGCGCCCGUUUCGAGUAUGGCGAUUUCGUCAUCAAACUGGGAUCAGUCACCAUGAUGGAGCACUUCAAGGGCAUCCUAAUCGAGAUCGAGUACAAGGCGUGCGUGAUACUGGCCUACUGCUGGGAAAUGAUACGCGAGGUGUUGCAAGGAUUCCUGGGCAUCGGAGUCGGCAAGGACUUCCCCUCGUACUUCGCCACACAGACGAUAAUGACGGCAAUGGGGCAGCAGCAGUUGCAUGCGAAGCACAACGACAUCUUCGAGCCGAUGGACACGGUGAAACAGUACCUGGAGCAGUUCACCAACUACCGAAAGCAUGUGGCCCUGCUCGGAAGCAUGGGCAGCGGUCCGGGUGGCCCGCCCGUGCACAUGUCGCCCUCGGUGGUGGGCCAUGCCCACCGACCCUGAUCCGCCGACGUUAAGCUGGAGCCACCAGAUGGCUCAGUAGCAGAUUAAGCUGAAAAAAUCUAUUUUUUUGUCCUAUACUAAAUUGAAGGUGUUCUUAAAAUCUUUAAAGUUCUCCAAAAGCAAACUAGUUAUGUCAGUGUAAGCAAUAAAGUGUUUCUUUCUUA